CAGUGACAGUGACGACAACAACGAGAAACCAACGCGUUCCAUCACCAUCACCAUCUCGACCACCAGUGCUCGACAUCAAUCUAGAACCGUCGCCGAUAUUAACACACCAACAACCUUCAGACUUCAAUUCUAGUUUUUUUCUAUAUUCCGUCGAGACAUCCUAUUCCUCCCCAGCAUUCAAUUCCCAUCGAACCAACGAACAAACGAAUCCCAUCACGCGAACCUCCACUCGAUCCACCAGAGACGCCCUCAACCCUCAACCCUCAACCCUGAGCUUGCUUCCCCUCCUCUUCCAGUUCCUUGGCUGUGUGCCGAACCGACGCUAUUCCAUGGACUGUCGAUAGCCUGGGAUUUCCUAGCCUCUUUUUUCCUACCGGUCUUUCGCCAUGUCGCACGCGUGGCUCGAUUCUCUCUCCGAGGAUUGGCCCUCCCAGGCUGGAUCCGAUCCCUCCCCACCAAACCAGCUUCCAACCCUCAAUGUCGACGAGAAUACGCGGCCAUGCAGUGCCAGAGGCGCUGGAAGUAAGAUUCCUUUGCCCAUUGGCAAGCUAAAAUAUGAGUUACACACCGACACUCUCGACAACAACAAUACCAGUGUGCAUACGCAUGCACUCGGCUUGAGCGAACGCAACAUCCCCUUGUCAGCGCGAAAGGCUUCCAAAUUGUCCCAUAGUGUCAGAUUCACGGGUGACGGACACAAUUUUAGCCGCAGAUACUCAACUUCUACUGCUGGUUCCGUGGUUCACAACACUGUCCAACACAAAUCUCCCGGUCUCUCCGCGAGCAAGGGACAUGGACACACGCCCGAGUGGAAGCGGCGGUUAGUAUAUGGGGAAGUGCAAUACGGCGAACAACGCGACCUCUUCUCCUCAGCCGCCGCUGGCUUGGAGGAUAUCUUCAAGCCGCCACCACCGCCCCUGCCCCGAGACGAAUUUUCCGAUAGUUCACUGCUGCCACCACGCGACACCACGAUGCCCUCCAGCCCCCCCAUCAUUCACCACCACCACCCCCACCACCAGGAGUUCGGCACACCAGAAUGGGAGGAUGAUGGCUACGGUGACGAUGACGGUGACGACGGCGACGACGGAGCUUUGGCACAGGCGAGGGAAGGUAGUCCCAGUCCCAGCCCCCGCAAGCUCCGCGGACUCUCCUACAGGAGGACGGACGAGUCCUUCGACCAGAGCAAGCUGAGUGGUGCUACCGACACUGCACAUCGAGACAGCCAGGGCCAGGAACCCACGGCAAGGGAGAGCGUGCCCACUGCGGCUACCUCCUUGAUAGGACUUGCGCCCCCGGACGACCACUCGAGGAAGACUAGUGGCCAGAGCUACAUCCGGAACGAGGACUUUAGUCCCAUCAUACUCACAUGCCGCCAGGGAGGUGACGGCCAAGUCGGCUUUACCCCGGUAUCUGCCGAUCAACUCAAGGAACGGCUCGAAAAGCUACGAAACGACCAGAUGCUCCUGCCUGCCUACGUCGACCGCGACCUGGACAACGUUCACGUGCACCCCGAUGACGGGCAUGACGACCUCUCCGGCCACGAGUCUUCGACAGCACAUUUGGCACCUCUUGGAGACUUCGUCAAUGUACGACGUGGCGGCCUGUCGGCGGAAGGAUCAUUUAGGCACCGUAUGCUUAGUCCAGUGGGUGAUACCUCAGAGAUGCUCCCCGAGGAGUCCCUUCAGGCAAGCACGCCGAAGCAAUUCCCGACCAUCAGAAGCUAUGACCUGGGCCAAGGUAGCUACCGAUUCACGACUGCCAGCCCCCCCGAGCCCCGGGCACCGUUUCCGAGCCCCGAAAAACAACAACCGGUCCAUGCAGGGUCGAGUCCGCUGAAGCUCUUUGGACCCUACGACACCUUUACCAACCAAACCCUCCUCCGCCGAAUAAGCCAGUUUGAAGAGCGGUCGUCCGACGCAUCCGCAUCUCAGUUGUCUGCCGGCAGAGACCCGGUCAAAGAAUCCAGGCCGAACAGGGACGGGCACCGCGUCGUCUCGAGCACUGGAUCGGUCAGCCAGUUCGGGAAGGGCGACUUGGAGGGCUAUCAGUUCAGCGAGGAAGCCUCUUUGCCACGGCUUGUAGAGGAAAGCCGGGCCGAGUUUGGCUCAUACGAGGAAAAUGUCGAGGUGGAUGAAUCCCCAGCUUCCGGGCCAGGUGUCGGCCACCGGCUCCGAGGCGUAUCGCAUCAGGAGGAGCGUGUGCUGAUGCAGAAGAAGCGCCAGUAUGUCGACGCAGUGGCUGCUUCACGAUACAACGCGGCGGUAUCCAAGGUGUCGGCAAAGUCUGGCGCUUUCCCUCAUCUCGAGCCUGCCAGAUCAGGACCAACAGCGGCGGGAACACCGAAACGAGACAACAGCAGCGACCCCAAGAGACCUAGGACGUCCCCAUCGAAAGAUCCAACUCCCAAGCGCAGGAGAACCCUCCACCGAUCCGACGUCGCCUUUGUUCACGACCAGCAACGGCCUACAGUUCAAUCGGUCCAGAAUACGCACCGGCACAUGCAGUCCAUCAUGGGCAAAGGCCGCAAGGACCCUCGCCCUGCUGGCGUCCGACACUUGGCGCCUGCCAGUCAUCCCCUCUCCUCCCACAAUGCCCCCCGCCCCAGGACGCCCACCCCGAGCCAGAGGUCAUCCCUUCAGAGAGACCGGCAUCCCAGCUUUGAGACUACGGCGGGAGAAGAUUCGGCGCGGCGAUCCCCCAAUCGAGCCUCGCCACCGGGCGUCCGUGUCAACGACAGGAGCCCCUUGACCGAGACGGAUCGCAAGCCAUCCAUCAAGACGCAGGAUUUCGUGGACCAAGCCGGCGCCAUCAUGGCCAUGAUCCGAAACGGGGCCAAGCCUCCCAGCGCGCUUGCCAGCGUCGAGGAAUCGGACGGAGAAAACGGCGGUGGUGGUCCCAGCCCAGGCUUCCAGGACGAUUCGUACGAGUCGACCAACGAACCGUUCUCCCGGCCGCCGAGCCGCGAGGGGAAACCGGCCGUGACCAGGCUGCCGGCUCGUCAGGAGGACCCGGAGAUCCUGAAACACCUGCAGAAGUACCAGGAAGAGAGCGACAUGGGAGACGUCAUCGCCUCUUCGCUGCGGUCCGUGAAGGAGGCGCAGGAAGCCAUCCGCGCCGCGAAAGAGGUGGAGCGAAUGCUGGGAGAGAGCCCGUACGGGUCGGCUUACCCCGAGCACAUCGACGACUUGGACGACGUUAGCGACCCGCCUAAUAUCCGCAUCAGUCUCGGACCGGCGGCGGAGCGGUUCGCCGGGAUGCAGCAGCACGAGAAUGAAAACCCCACGUACUCGACCGGAUCCACGUACGGGACAAUACCGACCGGCUCGUCCCGCGGGUCCGAUUCGCGAAGGACCAUUGCGCCGCAGAGCGUGUCGCACCUCAUCCCUGACCAGGUGGGAAGCAUGUAUCUGGACAGGCAGAACAACAUCUGGAUCAAGAGGAAGGGGAGCGGUGGCGGCGUUGGACCGAGACAUGUGCCCCCCUCGUCGGAUACGGAAGAUGAUCCCUUCGCCAGCAUUCCCGACCUGUCGGUUGAUCUGACCAAGGAAAUGAAAAAUCUUCGCCUUACGUCAGGGCAGCGAGAGCAAGAGGAAGAAGCACUGAACAACGGCGCGGAGGAGGGAGAGGACAGACCUGGGAGGCAGUGUCAGACGCCGCAGAGCCAGAAGAGCAAAGGAUACGUGACGCUGUCGCCCAACGAAGCCCUUUCGGAGGGCAUCCACUCGCAGGCCCGCGAAGAAUUGUCGAAACUGGAGUCCAAAGCCAACAGUCCGGCCGGCGACCACGACGACGUUGAGCAGGAAAUUCGCUUGGAAGAUCGCAUUACGCCGUCUCGGAGGCGCAUUACUAUCUCAUUUUCCUCCCCCAUUGCGUCGAUCAUCCGCGACAUGUCUGGCGAUGACAUCGACAGCCUCGAGGACGAUGAAGGCAGUUUCCUCGCGCUGCCCAGGGAAUCCGGGUCGGAGUCAAGGGCCAAGAACGUAAAGUACGAGUACGCGAGUCUGAGCAAGUUAUCGUCGCGCAAAAAACUGUCUCAGUCGCACCCUGCGAAACGAACGGCAUCGAGGCGCGUCUCCGUCCACGGGCAAGCUUUCUUCCCUCGGCCCGUGUCGCGCAUCGAAGAGCGGGACGAGGACUACCCCGAUCCUCAAAAGGAGGAAGCAGAUGCCGAGAACAAGCAGGUGAGCAUCGUGGGCGACACCAGCGUCGUCAGCCACGCGCCGGAGAAGCGACAUGGCAGCCUCGGCGUUAUCAUGUCGACGCCGGGCAUGGGCCCCGAGGCCAGCACGAUCAUCGGCCACAACGUCGGGAACCUGUCCCUCAGCCCGCUUUCGGAAUUCACGAUGAACAACAACCAGGACCAGUCGUUCGGGCUGGAGGUCAGCUACAUCGUCAAGGACCGACACCUCGUCACCGGGGACGGGUCCAAGCGGGUCAUGUCCAUGGCGGUGCGCGAGCUCGUCGACAAGCUGACCGAGGCGGAACCGGUCGAGCCGAACUGGGAGGACGUUAUGGAGCUCGACGUCAGCGACAAGCGGCUGUCCAGCCUGCACAUGCUGGACGAGUUUUGCAAGCGGCUGGUGACGCUGGACGCAUCCCACAACGGGCUCGCGCAUCUGGACGGCGUGCCCUCGUCGGUGCGGCAGCUGAAAGUCACGCACAACAUGCUGAGCGAGCUGACGUCGUGGGAUCACCUGUCGAACCUGCAGUACAUCGACGUGUCGAAUAACGAGCUGCACAGCCUGGCGGCGCUGAACAACCUGGUCCACCUGCGGAGCGUCCGGGCGGACAAGAACCGGCUGACGUCGCUGGACGGCCUCAACUUCCACGACGGCCUGUUGACGCUGCGGGCGCGGGACAACCUCAUCGAAGAGGUCGACCUGGAGGGGACGAACCUCUGCCGGCUCGUCGAACUCGACCUGUGCGGGAACAAGAUCCGGGACGUCCGCAACGUCGACCAGCUCGGGUCGCUGCAGACGUUGAAGCUACGACGCAACCGACUGACGAGCUUCGACGCGGCCGGUGUUCUGCCCUCCCUACGAUACCUCGACAUCAGCGACAACGAAGUCUCGGGUCUCGACCUCGCCCACCUCCCCUCGCUCCGCCUGCUGCACGCCGACAGGAACCGCAUCAGCAAGGUCACGGGGUUCGCGCGGGCGAAACGGCUCGACAGCGUCUCGCUGCGCGAACAAGGCGGCGGCGACGCCGAGCACCGCCUCGACCUGUCCUCCUUCCUCUCGGCGGCCUACGAGGUGCGCAAGCUGUUCCUGUCGGGCAACUACCUCGGCGACAGCUUCGCCCCGCGCGUGGAUUUCCUGAACCUGCAGCUCCUCGAGCUGGCCAACUGCGGGUUGCGGACCUUGCCGGCGGACAUGGGCCAGCUGAUGCCGAACCUGCGGUCGCUGAACCUCAACUUCAACGCCAUCGCCGACGCGGCGCCGCUGCGGUUCAUCCCGCGGCUCAAGAAGCUGUUGCUGGCGGGGAACCGGCUCGCGGAUUCGACGGGCGUGGCGGGGGUGGUGACGGAGUUUCCGCACCUGGCGCGGUUGGAUCUGCGGGGCAACCCGGUUACGUUGGGGUUUUAUCCCCCGCCGUCGCAGCAGCAGGCUGUGGUUCGGGUUGAUCCUGCGGACGCACAUGCGGAUCCGUUUACGUUGCCUGAGGCGGAUGGCGAGAGGGAUGCGUUGUUUGCGGGGAGGUUGGAUGAGGCGACGAGGUUGCGGAGGCGGUUGUAUCAUGUGGUGUUCGCCGGGUCGUGUUUGCGGCUGAGGGUGUUGGAUGGGCUGGCUGUGGAUCGGAGGGCGGUGAUGGCGAAGGAUGGUACCAUGGAGGCUUUGGUGGGUGAGGGGCUGCUUCCGGGGGGUGUGGCGGCAUCUGAUGGCGAUGUUGUUGGGAUUGAAGCCCCUGAGACGACUGGUGGUGUUGUUGAUGCUCCUGUUAAGGAGGGAGAGGACAGUCGAUGGGGAGCGGAGGACAGUUUCGCCUAAGGGGCUGGGGGAAGUUGCAAGGAGGGGGCUUCAUGUGAGCGAGGGAAGAUGAGAUGUCUGUGAUAAUCCUACGAGGCAUAGGGACUAGGAGUCUGGAGGCGUUUUUGGGAUUGUAGACUGGUGCGUCUUUUCUUGGUUUGUUCGGACUUUGGGCUCUGGAGGCACUGGCUUCUUAUGAUUUGGUUUGCGCUGCGGGUUUGCAUUGACGCUAUCAUGAGGGAAAAGGUACUGUAAUGAAUAGGGGAAGCAUCGAUUUUGCGAAGUUUAUGACAAGGAAUAUUUCUUUCUUUGAUUCUCUUUGUUUUCCCGUUUCCUAUUCUCCCCUGUGUUAGUGAGUUAUGAGAUGGUGAUCGGGCGGUAUAUCACCCCCUUCCCUACAGAAUCUGUAUAUGUGUAAGGAAUCUAAUAUUAGUAUUUCAUUACGGAUAUCGAUCGAAGUUUGAGGUUUAGUAUCUGA